GUCCUCAUCCGCCUCGUCCUGGGUCCCUCAGCCUGCGCUGUUGGAAGCCCCGACUUCCAGUCCCGAGCGACUGCAGCCCCAACCUGCCGAAUGGCAAGUAAGAACUCCCCACCCUCUGGAAUAUCUCGGCCGAAAGCACAGCGAGAGGGAAUGGUGAAUGUAUUGAUGACGGUCCUCGCUUGAGCUCGAUCCCACUUCCCGUUGUGACCUCAUCGUGUCAAAAGGGUCCACCUCGCCAGUUGCUUCUCCGGCAGACAGAGCCGGCGCGCUUUUCCCACAAGCCCCCGACAAAUCUUACCAUGCUCUCCUCGGUACCAUCCACCAAGCCGGCACCGCAGGUGCUGACGAUCGGCUUUGGCGCGUUGGGCUGUCUCUACUCGCUGCUCCUGGAGCGCGGCGGAGCCCAAGUGACAGCGGUCGCCCGAAGCAAUUACGAUGCUGUCCAGCAGCACGGCGUCGACAUUCGAAGCGUCAAGUAUGGCGAUCAGGAUGGAUGGAAGCCACAUCGAGUCAUCCGUACUCCAGCAGAGGCGCUGGAUCGAGUGUAUGAUUACAUCCUAUGCACGUCCAAAUGCACGCCAGACUUUGCUCCCCUCUCACAAGCCAUACGGCCUUUUCUGCAGGCGCCACAUUCCGGCUCAGCUGGUCCGUUGCUGAUCCUUAUCCAGAACGGCAUCGGCAUCGAAGACGAGGUGUACGAGACGCUCGUGCUGCGGGAAAAGCUCGCUUGUGGCGUCGUCAGCUGCUGUGCGUGGGUCGGGUGCAACCUCGUUGAUGGCGGUAGACGCAUCGAACACGGCCUGCUAGAGAAGCUCGAGAUGGGACUCUUCCCGACACCGCCUUCGGGAAACAGCCACGCCACACCUACUGUCCACUCAACAGCCCUUCAUACGGUCACAGAGAUCCAGCAUGCGCAAGCCGCGCUUGAAAGCUUUGUUCGCAUUUACAGUGCAGGCGGUGGCGGUGCAUCGCCCGUGUCAGACAUCCAGCCUGCGCGCUGGCGCAAGCUGUUGUGGAACACGGGUUGGGGUGGCCUGGCGGUGCUGGCGCGACAGCCUCUCGCCAAGCUGAUCGAUGAGGCGUCGCUGCCAUUCAGCAUUGACGUCGUGCGUCGCACGAUGUUCGAAGUUCUGUACGUCGCCCGCGCCUGCAGAUAUGGUGAGGACGUGCUGCCAGCCAGCAGCGUCGACAACGCGAUCAACAUCACGCUCAAUAUGGCACCGCAGAUGCAGCACCGUGCGGGCGAUAAAAAAGCAGCGCAGGGGCAGAAUGGCGACCCGCGUAGCGCGCAACAUGCCGCUGAACAGAAGAAGGAGAUCCCCAGUUCGCCGACGACCACUGCAGUUGUCCAGCGGGAGUGUACUGAUGACAGCGGCAGCCUCAGUGGCACAGCCUUGGCUGCUGAGUCUGCCGAGGUCAAGAGAGGGAGACAAGAGCUGCAGCCAAACUUCAAGCCUUCCAUUCUACUAGACCUAGAAGCUGGUCGGCCAAUGGAACUCGUCCCGAUCUUCGAAGCGGUGAGGGAACGCGCGAGGUUGCACUCAGUCCAGACGCCACACCUGGACAUUAUCGUCGCUGCACUUCGCCCUGCGCAAAUGGCCGCCAUCGAGGCUGCGCGCAGCAAGCAAGUGGUUCUUUCGGCGGCGGCGGUAGCAGCAACAACAGAUGCUGCCAGUCCAGCAGACAGCGAUGCGGCCAGCACAAGGCGGCGCCCGCAGGUACCUUGACGGGGGGUGCCGGACCGUCUGGCGGUGCAGUCACGUCUGGGAUGUACACGUCACUCGAGUCGCCAGGCGCGCCGUCCAUGCCGCUGGGGCCUUCGGGCGCGCCGGUACCUGAGAGCAAGGCGGGCGCGACGGGAUUCUUUGCGCUGGAGACGUAGGUCAACCCCCUGCGCUUUCCCUUCCGGCUUGCCUCGCCAAAAUCUGCGCCUGC